AUGGACGCUUCAGAAGGACCCAGAGAGUCUGUGGAGGAUGCCCAGGAAGAUAAAAUUAUCUCUACAGGCGACAACAAGCACAACUCGGCCACAUGCUCGGGCAGCAGCGGCGGUGAAAUAAAGAGCUGUGCUGUGGUCAAGUACUGCGCUGCUCCGUCUUCCAGCACAUACGCAUUACUACAGGAGAAGACCGACCUCAAGCUGCCUCCUGCUAACUGGCUGAGAGAGAACCCCCAGCUGGGCACUGCUGGCACCACUGUGUUGGGCUCCAGCAGUAAGGGCAAACCAUUUUCAAGUUUUGGGAUGGCGUAUGACUUUAUAGACUGCAUCGGGGAUGACGUCGACGUCGUAUCAGAUUCGGAGAAUAUCAAGAAGCUGUUGAAAAUCCCAUACAGUAAGUCACACGUCAGCAUGGCCGUCCACCGUGUGGGACGCACCCUCCUUUUGGACGAGCUGGAUAUGCAAGAGCUCUUCAUGAGAUCCUCUCAGACAGGAGAUUGGACGUGGUUAAAGGACUUUUACCAGCGGCUGAUGGAUCAGAAGUGGCAGAGAAAAAAGAAGAGCAAAGAGCAUUGGUAUCAGAAAGCCAUCCUUUCCAAGUUCCUCUACUACAGCAUUAAUGGCGACUGUGGUGCCGAGCCGGUCGCGGACAACCUCAUUGACGAUGAUGAGUGUGGUGCUCAGGAUUUUGGCUCAUCGUGGCCAACCACUUUCACCAGCUCUGAUGAGGAACAGUCAGCUGCUUGUAAACAGGAACAUGUGCCCAUGGACAACAAGUUUGCUCUGGGUCAGGUGACGUCGGCGCCCCAAGAGCAAAACCUUCUAGCACUCUUCAAUGAAGGUGAAAACAGUCAGGGUUUAAGGAACGACUUCGUGCGAAACAUUAUGUGGACGUUUGAAGACAUCCAUAUGUUGGUCGGCUCCAACAUGCCAAUUUUUGGAGGGGGCCGAUAUCCGGCUGUCAGCCUCAAACUCAGGGAUAACAAUAAACCCAUCAAUAUCCUGACAGGUAUUGACUACUGGCUCGACAAUCUGAUGUGCAACGUUCCCGAACUGGUCAUGUGUUUUCAUGUCAAUGGCAUUGUACAGAAAUAUGAGAUGAUAAAAACUGAAGACAUCCCCCAUCUGGAGAACUCAACUUUUUCCACCAGGGUGGUGAAAGACAUUGCUCAGAACAUCCUCUCGUUCCUCAAGUCGAACUGCACCAAAGAGGGUCACACCUACUGGCUUUUCAAAGCUAGUGGGAGCGACAUCGUGAAACUUUAUGAUCUUACGACAUUGUGCGAGGAGGCCGAAGAGGAGAAAAGCCACAAUCCAUUCACGCUUCCCGUAGCUGUGUUGCUUUACAAAGUGGCAUGUAACCUGAUGCUCAAGGCAAGAGAAAACAGGAAGCACUAUGGCACAAUUCGAACCCUGCUUUUGAACUGUGUCAAACUUCUGGACCAGGACAGACAUCCCCAGAUCAUUGCCUCAGCCCACUACAUGCUGUCAGAGCUUUUCCAGCUAGAUGAGCCUCAAGAGGACGACGACGAUGGAGGGGAGUCGUUCCGGGCCUGUGGCUCUGAGGAUAGCUACAGUAAUGAUGACCGUGAAGAAGACGAUGAGGACCUGGAGGAGGAGGAGGAGAGCGAUGACAGUAGCUCAGAGAGUAACAGCCGCACACAAGAUGACAGUAAAGCCGUGGCGGUCAUCCGCUCUGUAGGAGAACUUUCUGUCCCAGAGAAAUACAAAUCCACUCAGCUGAUCAGACCAGGUUGUGCUUUUCCCAUCUCGCAAGACAAAGAAGAGCGAUGCAGACACGUCCUGAACUAUGUAUUGAAGGGGCUGAAGGCAGUAGAUGGCAGCAUCAAAAAGGAGAGUGACCUACCAGCUGUGGACCCGAAUACACCUAUCCCUCUCAAAUAUGAAGAUGGGAGCAGUGGCAGAAGCUGCGCCACAGAAAAAGGCAUCUCUCCUCUCUUUGAAAAAGGUCACUAUCCUAUCUGGCAUUCCCAUCAUAAAACUCCUAGGGCUGACCGAUAUGGGCCCUUGCAGACAGACCAGAAGCAUCCAACGCGCUCGGGCAUGAUUCCUGGCACGUGGCAACACCAGAUGAAACUGCAACUCUUCCUCAAGGCCUCCAAGGCGUACUACGUGUUAUCCGACGCCGCCACCAACCUGUCGAAAUACGGGCGAGCCUUGCGCUACAUCAAGCUGUCGCUGCAAAGCUACGAUGCCUAUUGUUUCAUUGGAGGUGCGCUACAACCGCACGUGCUGCUGUUCCACUGCCACUGUCUCUCUCUCUGCGGGGACAUCCAACUGAUGUUGGCCCAGAAUUCUAACAACAGGGCUGCGUACCAGGAGGAGUACAGCUACCAAACCAAAGAGGACCAAGAGAUCUUACACAGCUUGCACAGGGAGAGCAGCUGCCAGGCCUUCAACAUGGCGACCGACCUGGCCAUGGACCCCGAGUAUCAGCUGUUUGUGAGCAGCAAGUGCUACGAGGCCGCGUACGAGCUGCUUGUCUCCCAUGCCUUAAAGGAGGAGGCGGCGGACCAGUUGGCUCAAGUGCUCAAACGGCUCGGGAACAUCCGUAACGAAAUGGGGGUUUACUAUAUGAACCAAGCGGCAGCCAUGCAGACAGAGCAAGUGAAGACCUCAGUGUCCGUUGCCGAGCAGGAGGUGUGGAAGAAAAGCUUUGCCUUCUUCGAGAAGGGCAUGAAAGACUUUGAAGCUAUCGGGGAUAGCACCAACAAAGCGCUGCUGCUGUGUAACACGGGCAAGUUGAUGAGAAUCUGCGCCCAGGCCCACUCCAGCCUCUCUGCGGAUGACAGCCGAGGGGAAUUCUCCCCUGAAGAGGCUCUCUACUACCACAAGGCCAUAGACUACUACCUGCGUGCGAUGAGGUCUUUAUCAUGCCGGGAGAACCACCAGCCAGUGUGGGAUAGCGUAAACUGGGAGCUAUCCACUACGUACUUCACACUGGCUACACUUCUGCAGGAUUACGCGCCGCUUUCCAGGAAGGCUCCGGAACAGAUUGAGCGGGAGGUUACUGAGGCCAUGAUGAAAUCUCUCAAGUACUGUGACCUGCACACAGAGUCUGCCCGCCAGCCUCUUUACCAAUACAGAGCGGCCACCAUCCACCACCGCUUGGCCUCCAUGUACCACAGCUGCUUCCGCAACCAGGUGGGUGACGAGCGCUUGAGGAAGCACCACCGAAGUUUGGCGGAACUCCACUACAGCAAAGCCGUGUAUUUGUUCCUCAGCCUCAAAGACGCACCGUGUGAGCUGCUUCGCGCAUUACUAGAACGAGUGGCUUUUGCAGAGUUCACCAUGGCAGCUCAAAACAGCAGCACGGCCAAGCAAAAAAGCCUUGCUGCCGCGCUGGAGAUUAUAGCAGAGACUCGCUGUGCCUUCCAGAUUAUUCACAAAGAACUGCUUGAAGAACAGAAAGAGAGAAGCAGCGCAGAUCUUCCAGGACCUCCCGGCUGCCCCGCUUCAGGAUUAAACCUCCAGGAAGUGACCAAGCUGACUGCUCUGUUCGAGUCGCGCUUCUCUGACUUACUCCUACAGCUUAUCAAACUCAUGACUAAAACCAAACGCAAACCCAGCAAAAAGGACGAGGAGCUGCUGCAAAGCUACAAGAACAUUUAUUCCAAGCUGCUGCGCUGCGACAAGAACACGCCGCUGCUGGCACGCGUGUACCUCUACACUGAACUACUUCAGCAGCUUACGCACAACACUGAUGACGACAUGAUAUCAUGA